GGCACUUUGAAGCCAAAUCCUAACUCAUUCCGUUCGUCUUCUCCUUCCGGAAGAACCUUCUCUUCUCUUCUCUUCUCUUCUCUUCUCUUCUUUCUCUUCUCUUCUUUCUCUUCUUUCUCUUUAGCCAUGGCUUCAUCCGGCUCCUCAAGCUAUAUGAUCUAUCAUCAUGAAAAUCUAAAUAUAUCUAAUAUUUUCAGUAUCUUAGUGUUUGGUAGAAGCUUAGAGGGCUCGGAUAUUGUAGAAUGUGGUCCUCAGGAGACCAAGCCUGAGAGCUUCUUGGACAACUUGAUAACCCUUAUCACCUUGAUCCUCCAGAGGGCAAUGAUAUGGCUGAGUGGACCAGCAGCUUUAGUUGGUUUGAUUAUAGAGUUCACCUUGAAUCUGUUUGUGCUUAAUGGUGGCAUCUUUGGAUUGCCUAUUCGCAUUAUUACAGGGUCACUAAAGAUUCCAAAGCUGAAAUCGGCUGAUUAUCAGUCGAUAAUUGCGUUAAUAGAUGAUCGAAAAUCUCUACAAAACUCUUACUUAUCCAGUCUUCUAUUGAUUAAGAUUCCUGUCCAUGCCAUAAAAUUCAUCAAUCCAUUGGAUCUUUGCAUGAUGGCUUCUAAGGUAGCUUAUGAGAAUCAAGAAUAUGUGACAAACGUUGUCACCAACUACUGGAAGAUGCAUUUAGUGGGAUUCUAUAACUUCUGGAAUGAGUCUUUACAAAGAAACGAUACCCAAGCUUUCAUAUUUUGUGACAAGCCAGAAAAUGCUGAGAUGAUUGUUGUUGCAUUCCGUGGCACGGAACUGUUCAAUUUACGUGAUUGGGCCACCGAUAUUGACCUUUCAUGGCUCAACUUGGGCGAAAUGGGAAAGGUACAUGUAGGUUUCAUGAGGGCUCUUGGCUUUCAAAAGGAUGCAAAGGAUGCUCAGACAGGUUGGCCAAAGGAGAACAAAGGAGAUAAGGUGUUAGCAUAUUACACCAUAAAGGAGAAGCUAAGACAAUUGCUGGAACAAAACCCAAACGCCAAGAUAUUAGUGACUGGGCAUAGCUUAGGUGGUGCACUUGCAAUUCUUUUCCCUGCUAUACUUCUGUACCACCAGGAAAAUUCCAUCUUAGAUAGACUAUGUGGGGUUUAUACUUUUGGACAGCCUAGGGUUGGAGAUAGGAAAUUUGGAUAUAUCAUGGAGAAACAGUUAAAUGGGACUUCCAGGAGGUAUUACAGGGUGGUUUAUAGAUAUGACAUUGUUCCUAGGGUACCCCCUCAAUGGUCUCUUUUACCUUUUGCCCACUUCGGAGUCUGCAUCUAUUACAAAAGCUGGUAUAAGGCUCAGAUCUCAAAGGAAGAACCAGACAAGAACUACUUCAAUCUGUUGUACUUUCCUUCCCAGUACAUUAAUGCAUGGUUUGACUUGUUUAGGGGUCUGUUUGCUGGCAUCCGACAUGGGAAAGAAUUUAAGGAGGGUAGCAUCCCUAUUGGGGCAAGGCUUUUUGGGCUCCUCAUACCAGGAUUAGCCUCACAUGGUCCUAGAGAUUAUGUGAACGGCACAAGGCUUGGGAAUAUAGAAAUAAUGGAGGAGGACAAUAUUUGAAUUUCAUUUUUUUUUUCUUUUUUCUGGUAAAGAAAACUUAUGUCUAGAAAAGGAGUAUUGUUGCAGUUUGAAAUGUAGUUGAUGUCGUCUUGUAUUUCUUCAUUGUUUAAAUAAAAUAUGGUUUAUGUUUUCGCCA